ACACUGAACUCGAAAUCUAAACUGUUCACUCGUAAAUCUAAGUACUUUUCAUUCAGCACACAUUUGCAAUGUGGACUAAAUUUAAACGAAGAAGAAUAUACGAUGGCGACGAAGCGCGACAUCUUUUCGAAGCUCUCUAUUUUACAGAAGAGGAAAAUGCUGCAACAAGUGAAGAGGCCACCAGUUUACGGGCCGGAGUACGGUUUAGGCGGGGACGACUCCCAGGCCAGGCCCAGUCUGAUUAUUGAGUCGAGUUUUGGCGAUUUGACAUCAGCUACAGGUUUGAAGAUUGCAACAAGCAACGACGUUGUUCGAGCAGAUCCCGUUGGCGAAGAGAGAGAUCAACCCUCCCGAGGAAGAAAACGUCUGAUGGUUUAUUUUGCUGACAGACAGACAGAGUCUGACUCCUCUCAUUGCUCUGAAGCUGUAUCACGUACGUGUAGAAGGAACUUCAGCAAAACGGCAAUACUGAGGAUGAAAUGCUGCAGAAGUUAUUGUCUUCAUAAGAUAUCAAGAAUAGAUGCAAGCAAGGCCCGCAGAAGAUUUCAGAACAAUACUCUAGCAGAUUAGAGGCUAUGGAUUUUUCGGUACCUUAUUGAACAUCACAACUUUGUAAACAUGGGUGGAGACUCAUCCUUGGGAUUACUAGGACCCGCUUAUGGAAGAUGGAGUCAGGAUUAGCAGGUAAAGGUAGGAUUUUUAAUGAAGGGCCACGCACACGAGGACAUUGACCAGCUAUUCACCCGGGUUUCAACAUUCAUAACACGGCAAAACAUACCAACACUUUCAUCUCUGCUUCAUCAUAUCCCACUCUCUUAUCGAAAACCAAAUACCACAUGGGAAAGACUCAACGCAGUCUACAAUGUGAGAGACUGGCUCAAACCUUGCCUGAACAAGAUGUCACUGCACAGCUUUCCACAUCAAUUUAGAAUCACAAAACACAAUGGAAAAGCUGUGAACAUUACACACCAAGAAGUGGAGCAACAGCAGCGAAUGGCAGGCUACAAAUGGAUGGGAUAACAUCAUCACACAUCACCCUCCAGGCCAACCAUCCAUUGUCCCUAAAGUACAUGAUGCUAUUACACUUACCAACCUCCAACGGGACAUUGCCAAAGUAUGCCCCCUACUUUAGUAUUGAAGAAAGUCAGGAAUGGGAGAAUCUGCUAGCUAGCAUGGAGGAAGGUGGAAUAGAAGACUCUGGUAAAUGGCCACUGGUGGAUAUAUUGAUGGAUAAAGAGUCUCAGAAUACACCACAAAGACAUCUUGAUCCAACUUCGGAAUUCUCAAAUGAUGAACAGCAACCUAUUCAAGCGGUCCAUCUAAGGUACUAAGCAGAAAAGGCCUCAACAGCUAGUAUUAAAACUGGGAGAUAUGGUUGCAGUCUACUUAGAAGAGUUCAGUAAUGAGUGGCCGCGAGUGAGCAAAGUGUUGGAAAUGACUUGAGACAGUGUGAAGCUGCAUUGGUACUCAGGAUCAGAAACGUCCAUGUGGAUAUCACCUACCACAUCAGUUCAAGGACAGAAGGGUCAGCCGUACACAGGAGAAGUCUCUCUUCAAAAAGUCAUUUCUUUCCCCUACAGUCUCACUAAAACAAACAAAUUACCAUAGGAUAUCCAGUGUCACUUGAAGGAAAAACGUGAAGAAUACUUUGCAUAUUAGGUCUGUAUGAACAUACACUGUAUUCAUACCAAUUUGGAAUGAGUUUGUUUGUCCAGGACUCAAAAGCUGUAUGUCUAUAUGGAAGCCACUUGAAUUAUGUAUUUUUGUGAUAUUACAAUGUACCUAUAUGUUUCCACAUUGGAUAUGUGGCCCCCCCUGGGAUAUGGUGAUAAUUUCCAGGGUUUAUCUUCACAUAAUUUUGAUCACCUACAUUUAGAAGAGAUAAAUGCACAAUGAUUGAUAGAGAGUUGGUACCUGAAGUAGGUAAUGAAUUGAGUUCCACUGCCAAUGGAAAGUUUACCCUCUCAGUGCUCAAGAGGUAAGCUCCUUACCAUGGAACUCAUUAUGCAACAUUUGCAUAUACUGAACAGGCACAAAUAACGAUUUUCGUUAAUGGCACAUGUCAGUUAUCUCUCAAACAAAAAUUUUAAGUCAGACUAUGUGAGAAAGAAAUUAUACACCAACUGGAACCAUCUGAAGACCUUUCAUUGAUUGCAUAGUGCAAUAUAGUUGAAUGAGUUUUAUUGUCUUGCCUGCCUAGCUGAGUGAGACAAUAGGGGUCACUUUUCCGACAGCGGCAGUGUCGUCAACAUUGAAAUCUUAACCAAGUGGUAAUUCCAUACGUCCGACCCCCUAUAUGUGGGACUUUCAUGAAAUUUUCUGUCUCUGAUUUCUGGUUCUCUUGACAGUCUGUAAUGUUCUAUAACGUCCAUGAUUCGGUCAGUUUAUGAAGUGAAGUAAGAAUUUAGAAAAAUGGGGGUCGGAUGUACAAAAAGGCUUAUCAUUUUAUGGAAUUUCCCCAAGGUUAAGUUUUUGUCUCGCCUGCAUAGCAGAGUGAGACUAUAGGCGCCGCUUUUUCGAUGGCGGCGGCGUCGUCAACAUUGAAAUCUUAACCAAGGUUAAGUUUUUGAAAUGUCAUCAUAACUUAGAAAGUAUAUGGGCCUAGUUCAUGAAACUUGAACAAGGGUAAUCAAGUAUGACUAAACAUCCUGCUUGAGUUUCAGGUCACAUGACCAAGGUCAAAGGUCAUUUAGGGUCAAUGAACUUAUACCAUGUUGGGGGAAUCAAUAUCCAAAUUUUAACCAAGGUCCAGUUUUUGAAAUGUUGUCAUAACUUUGAAAGUAUAUGAGCCUAGUUCAUAAAACUUAGACAUAAGGGUAAUAGUGUAUCACUUAAGAUCCUGCUUGAGUUUCAGGUCACAUGAUUAAGGUCAAAGGUCACUUAGGGUCAAACUAUGGCCAUGUUGGGGUUAUUUGAGGAAUUAUCAUCAUAACUUUAAAACUUUAUGGAUCUAGUUCAUGAAACUUAGACAUAAGAGCAACCAUAUAUCCCUGAAUAUCAUGUGUGAGUUUCAGGUCACAUGACUAAGGUCAAAGGUCACUUAGGGUCAACGAACUUUGGCCAUAUUGGGGGUAUAGGAGGAAUUGUCAUCAUCCUAAGGAUACUGGGGGGCUGAAUUGAUUCAGCCCCCCCUCAACAUUUUUCGCGAUAAAUCCGCCUCUCGAAAUUUUUUGACCGCGUCGUUCACCGACUUUUUACUUUCAAGUCUCGCGCAACUUUUGGGACCAAAAUUGUGACCCCCGGGUACGCAGUUCCGAAAUUACGCAACAUUUCGUAAGUGCAUGCAGACCCAAAAUUACUCAAAACGUGAAUUUGUGUGCAAAUCCAAUGCAAAUAAUGUUUUUAGCCAAAAUUCAUAUAUUGUAUCAUUAUUUUUCCUUUUACUGCUUAAAAUCAAUUAAUUUUAUCUUGCUGAUGGUAAAAAAAAAGUCCCCGACAAUUUCCAUUG